UUCUUAUAACCUAGACAUCUUUUCAUCAGCUGAUAAUUUUCCUAACCCUGUCGGUCCUUUAUCACCUACAAGAUGAUUUCUAGGCUGGCAUUUAAGAAAGCUCUUGAUCUCAAAUCAGUUGUCCCUUCUAUCAUUGGUUCUGCCAGGUUUGCCUCAACCACUGAAGGACCUGAGAGAGAUCUUGUGAAUUUUCCUAGGCCUGUAAGGGCAGAAUUUCCAUCGAAAGUUAGAUAUUGUUGUGUACCUGAAGAAUGGUUUGAGUUUUUUUACAAGAAGACAGGAGUUACAGGACCGUAUGUAUUUGGUGGAGGUCUCACUACUUACUUGCUGAGCAAGGAAAUAUGGGUUAUGGAACAUGACUUCUAUUUCCUUUUUGCAUUUUUUGGUAUUGUAUAUAUAAUGAACAGGCAGUUUGGCCCUCAAAUAGCUAGUUAUCUUGACAAGGAAGUUGACAAAGCAGAAAGCGAUGCUAACGAAGGUAGACAGAAUGAACUUCAAAUGCUUGCUGACACUAUCAAAGAGGAAGAACUGGCACAAUGGAGGGCUGAUGGUCAGGAGUUGUUAUUGGCGGCUAAAAGGGAAAAUGUACUUUUACAAUUGGAAGCUGCAUAUAGGGAACGAGCUAUGCAGGUCUAUUCUGAGGUUAAGAAACGUUUAGAUUACCAAGUUGAGAAGCAGAGGGUUGAACAAAUGGUUGCGCAGAAACAUAUGGUGCAAUGGGUUGUAUCAAACGUACUCAAGUCACUUUCAGCUCAACAGGAAAAAGAAACUAUCAAAAAAUGUUUGUCUGAUCUUCAAUCUCUUGCAGCUAAAGCUUAAAUUUUUUGUAGCAUUUGUAGUCCAAUGACUAUAGUAAUUGUAAAAAUAUAAUGAAAUAUUCCGAAUAAAAUUUAUUAUAUCCUUAAAGGAGUUCGAAUUCAAAUCUGAUCAACCUUUUAUUUGUAUUUAUCAUUAAGGUACAGAGUGUCUAUGUGUCGUUCAGUACAAAAUGUUAUGAUAUUUUUUAUUUAAUAAUUUCAAACUGUAAUAUAAUAAAGUCUUAAAAUAUGAUUUUAUUUUCUU